AUGGAGUCCCGUCAACGGCUAAACCAGGACGAAAUAGCUACAAUUUUAGAAAAUGAUGACGAUUAUUCUCCGCUGGAUUCCGACUCCGAGGAAGAAGAUGGUGUAGUUGAAGAUGACGUCUGGAGUGAUAACGAGGACGCGAUGGUCGAUUUCGUUGAAGAUACAAGCAGGCAAGAGGACCCCGAUAACAAUAUUGCUUCUCGGGAAUCGCCUAAUCUUGAGAUCGUCAAUAUGAAUAAUAACCUGCGGGAUGAUAGUAUUGCUGCGGCCUUAUUGGAAGAAAAUGAAUCUUUGUCGGAUGAUGAAAUCUUUCUGCCUUCUAGUGAUGACGAAUCGGAUCAUAUCAGCGAAGCUUCUGAAGUUCCAAGUGAUACGGACGUGGAAGAUGCCGAAAUAAACAUUGAACCACAUUCAGAUGAUACGACAUCAACACUUCAACCAUUUUAUCUAGGAAAAGAUGGAAGAACAAAGUGGUAUAAAUCGCCACCGCGAACCAAUGUUCGAACAAGGGCCGAAAAUCUUAUUACUCAUUUGCCUGGAUGUAAAUAUGCAGCUCGACAUAAAAAAACUCACCAAGAAUGCUUCGAGACCUUUUUCACUGAUGAAAUCGUUGACAUUGUUUUGAAGAAUACGAACCAGAAGAUUUCUUUGAGAAUGGAGAACUCUACGUCUAAUUCAACAUACGGGGAAACUGACAAAGCUGAGAUAAAAGCCGUUUUUGGGCUGUUGUUCUUGGCAGGGUUGUUUAGAUCUGGUCGGCAAAGUCUUAUAGACUUAUGGAGUAAUGACGGCACAGGAAUUGAAGUAUUUAGAAGUACUAUGACGAGGCAAAGAUUUUCGUUUUUGAUAAAUAGCUUGAGAUUUGAUGAUUCAUCAACUCGUACAGCUAGAGUGGCUGACGAUCGCUUGGCUCCAAUUCGAGAUAUUUUUGAAAUAUUCGUCAAAAACUGUCAGAAUGCCUAUACACCGUAUGAAUACUUGACCAUAGAUGAAGAACUCGUGGCAUUUAGAGGAAGAUGUAGCUUUCGUCAGUACAUACCAUCCAAGCCAGCUAAGUAUGGGUUGAAAAUUUACGCGUUAGUGGAUGCUAAAACAUUUUACACAAUGAACUUGGAAAUUUAUUGUGGAAAACAGCCUGACAACAGUCCUUAUACAGUGAGUAAUAAGCCUUUUGAUGUUGUCGAUCGUUUGGUGAGAUGCGUGUCUGGAUCAGGAAGAAACAUCACCAUGGAUAACUUUUUUAUGAGUUAUGAAACAGCUGAAAAUUUGCUCAAAAACCACAAAUUGACUGCCGUUGGUACACUAAGGUCGAACAAGACAUGCAUUCCACUCCAGUUCAAGGCUCGACGUGAAGAAAAAUCAUCUGUUUUUGGAUUUCAAAAAGACAUUACUAUUGUAUCCUACAUACCAAAGCCGCGAAAAUGUGUACAUAUGAUGUCCUCAUUACAUCAUGAUGAUGAGGUGGAUCCAGAAAGCGGAGACCAAAGAAAACCGUCUAUCAUCACAUUUUACAACUCGACAAAAAGUGGAGUUGAUGUAGUUGAUAAACUUGCGAGAACAUACGAUGUCUCCCGCAACUGUAAGCGCUGGCCUCUUACCGUAUUUUUUUCCAUGUUGAACCAUGCUGGUAUAAAUGGUUUUAUUGUGUAUAUGCUGAAUAAUGGCAUUGAAAGGAACAAAACCAAUCUAAGGAAGAACUUUAUCAAGCGAUUGGGACUUUCUUUAAUCGAAGAGCACCUCAGGAAAAGAAAGGAUAAUCCACAUAUACCACGAGAAAUAAGAAGACGUGUGUGUGAAAUGCUGAAUGAAGAAGCUCCAGCACCACCACAAAAGCAACCAAGAAGGUCUCAGCGAUGUUCUUUCUGUCCAAGAAACAAAGAUAGGAAGACUCUGAACGGAUGUUUCAAAUGUAAUGUCGCGAUAUGCAAGGAACAUGCGAAUUUGAUGUGUCAAAAUUGUACUGAUUUACAUGACGAAUGA